GUCAUCUGUUGCUAUGAGAUACCAUUGUCAUUUCGUUUGUUGUAUUUGAGCCAACUUGAAUCCGUUGAUAUUAAACCCCCAAAUUCCCGAAGAUUUACAUUACCAGAAGAAAAACGAUUAAGAACAAAAACAGCAGGUGAUCAUUUCAAGGUUCCAGUGCCAGACAAACAAGGCAGAUAUGGAAGACAGCUGGAGACCGCAGAAAUAUGCGAAACUAAACCUUCCAGUGGUAUCUGCUACUUACCCUGUGAAUUCUGCCAGUGAUAUUGAAUACCAUGUGAAGGUAAACAAUGAAGUUAAACAAAAGAGCUUCGAAUAUGGACUUGGCAAAAAUAAUCUGGAAAUAUCACACUUGAAAGAAGGAUAUUAUCAUAAGGAAAAGAAAUAUGCGAAACUAACCCUUCCAGUGGUAUCUGCUACUUACCCCGUGGAUUCUGCCAGUGAUAUUGAAUACCAUGUGAAGGUAAACAAUGAAGUUAAACAAAAGAGCUUCGAAUAUGGACUUUGCAAAAAUAAUCUGGAUAUAUCACACUUGAAAGAAGGAUAUUAUCAUAAGGAAAAGAAGUAUGCGAAACUGAAGCUUCCAGUGGUAUCAAUCCCAACUGCUACUUACGCCAUGGAUUUUGCCACUGACCUUGAAUGUAAUGUGAACUUCAAGGAUAAAGUUAAACAAAAGAUUUUCGAACAAUUACUUGACAGAAAACCCUUGGCUACACCACUCCUGGAAGGAGAAGGGUAUUGCUAUGAGGAAAAGAAAUAUGCGAAACUGGAUCUUCCAACCCCAAUUUAUGCCAUGGGUUUUGCCAGUGACCAUGUCAGUGAUGUGAAGAUCAUGGAUAAAGUUAAAGAAAAGAUCUCAGACCAUGGACUUGAAAGAAAAAAGCUGGAUAUGCCACACUUUGAAGAAGGAGAUUGUCGCGAGAGAAACUGAACGUGCAGCAAUAUAAUGAUCAUCACAAGGCACCAGUAGAGGAGGCUCUGCCUCUGCAUCACAAGGACAUGUAUGAUCCCAAAGCACUGCUGCAUCCUAUGUACAACAGUUACUUAAAAUCGACAAUCGUCUGCAAAAUUAAGGGGGACAACAGGACUUUUAGGCUGAGCCACAUUUAUUACGAUGUUGCUUUGGAAAGAGGUAAGACUGUUCGGUUCGUAAUGUCCCCCGGUUUCUUUUCGUACACUGAUGUAAAACUUGCACAGAAUUACAUCGAGUUCUUUGGGGGGCAUUUCAUGUAUUGGUCUGGACUCAUUGAUUGAUUGUAGAUAGUUUUCAAAAAUGCGCAUGUCGUAUAGAGUUUUUUUGGCAGUAUUCUUAUUUUCAUUUUCUGUAAUGACAUUACCAAUCAUCGUAUCAUCUACUUCUACAAAUCUACGAGUUUUGUUUUUGGGCCUGCCGGAUUGUGGCGUCUGCUUCGAUGUCCGUGGAUCUACCCUAUCCCCUGUUUGCACUAACUGUAAACGUUCUGGUGACAAUUCAGCUUGAAUCAUAACUAUAUAAUUACCGGAAGGUAGAGUUGCUUUGAUUGUAGCACUUCCUUUUUUAUCGAUAGUAACGCUAUCUCAGACUUCAAAAGACGCCAUGUUUGUUUGUCAACAAUUUUGACAGGUGAAAAUAGUUCUACGUUUUCGGUAUAUAAUUUGCAUAAUAAUGUAAUUUGCAUACUUAUGUUCUAAAUAUUUGCAUACUUAUGUCUCAAAAUAUGUGAUUUAUGUAAUGGGCUAUUCUUUAGUAGUGAUAUGAUAAAUACAUGUACCUUUUUGUGUGACAUAAAAAUGUGGAUGUGCUUCGCUUUUGAAAAUUCCAGGUCAGUGAUAAAUGACUCUCCUCAUAAGCUCCAGGCGAGUGAUUUGCAUUCCAUAUAAAAAAACUGUGAGUUUGGACAUAUUGACAAAAAUAAGUUUUGAAUAGGGCACAUUGAAAAAUCAUUGAUAAUAAUAUAAUAAUAUAUUUAAAAUAACAGGGCCAACUGGGCGUAAAGCAGCUUCUAUUCAUUAACCACUAACAGGUGCACAGUUAACACAUUUUUAGGCAGAUGAUAAAAAAAAAAAAAAAAAAAAACCCCCCCCCAUACACUUCUUAAUUAAAUUAAGGAGCAUUUGAGGGAUCAAAGUCGAUCGCGCACCUCAGAUAUGAAGGACUGAUUUUGGGUUACUACAAACCAGUACAACCAGAAACAUUCUGGAUUUGCCAGAAAUGAUAAUUAAGCAAAACGUUGUAAGUUAACAAAAAGGCUGUAAUAGCCGAACAUAUUAUACACUAGCCAACAGCCAGGGUUUAGCAUCUUAAAGUCCUAACGAGCACACCACUGAGGCGAAUGUUUAUAACAAUGCUAGUUUGUAUCUGUUUCAGGUGGACAGCAAGCUGAGAAACAUAGCUGCUUUAUCCUGUGAAAGGCUUGGAGGAGUUGUUCGUUAGAUAAUAGUUUUUCUAUUUGAAAUUUGCUUUGCGACGUGUAUUUUAAAAUACUAUUGACAAGUAUUUUCGUACCAUAAAUGUGAUAUUUAUAUUGAUUAUUAACAAGUUAUUAACUUGAUUUAAUUUACCAUUUGUCAUGCCGAACGUAAAUAAAUAUUAAUGAUGUUAAAUAAUGAAAUUUGUACAACCGUUUUUUUUAAAUAGCCCAGAAAAAUAAUUACAAUAUUUGGUAUUUUCUAUGCAUUAGUAGACUAAGAGGUAAAUGGCUAUAGUCGGAAUUUCAGGUAAGGACGGUUUGACAAGCCUACUUUAUGUAAAACGUGGUGCUGAUUCCAAAAAUAGUUAUCUUAUUGACCCUACUUAAGACAAAGUUGCCAUUUUGGCCUUUUUUGGCCAAAAACGACCAAAGACAUAUAUUUAUUGUAUGAUUGGUCUGGCGUUACCUUAUGAUAUCGAAUAAGCCUCUGAAUAUUUUAUAGUAAUAUUUUGUUGUCUAGAGCUAACCAAAGAAUAGCAUGUUAUUUAAAAAUAUGUCCAUGCCCAUGAGUGGCAAGUGGAUGUCGUCUGGGGGAGGGAGGAAUAGGGCUGGCUAGUCGAUUUUGAUGUCGGGGUAUUUCAUGUAGCACUCCCCAUGUGUGAGGAUGGCUUUAGCUGCUGCGCUAUUAAUUCUCCUCCUAGCCGUCUCCAUCACCUUCUCAACACCAGAGUGCCUCCAGGCUAAUCUGGGAUGCACCUGAGAACACACCAGCCGAGUAGAUGGAAGCUGGUCUGCUAGAAGUCGUAUGGUCUCCAAAAUGUUAAAACGCAAAUCUCCUGCUGGCAUGUUCCCCAUGUCAUCCUCUCCCCCCCCCCCCCCCCCCCCCACCCGCAGUACAAUAACACAAACUGAGAUGGUGCUUCGCAAGAUAACAAAAAUAUCAUCCUUCUCGAUACCUCUCUCCAACACAUUCUGCCUUUUCCCUGCCACCAAUAAACACAGCCUAUCCUAGCUAGUUGAUAAUCACAUUAAAUUUAAUACCUUUUAAUAGGAUUUUACACUGGUAGACUGGGAAUUCAUAUGUAAUAUUUAAAUGAGGAUGAUUUCCACCUCCCUGCCACCUGAAUUUCCUCCUCUGAUAAGCCCUGAAUCGCCGCCGUUGUUGCGGCCCAUAUUCGGAAAUAAUGGGAUUUGAAUUGAAGCCCUUUUAAGCCUACUUGUUCUAGAGCAUUCUUCAAUACAGUCAUAAAUUGGUAACGGGUGAGACGUUUCCCCCAAAAUGACAAAAGGAAGCACCUUCAAUUGCUGGUCGCACUGCUAAAUAUUCAUUUGUGCACUGCAAUACCGAUAUAUCGCCUUUAUUUCAUGGUAUCAUCAACGUUGUUCCCUUGGCACAUUGGCCAGUCUUAGAAUGACGUAUGCUUAGGUGAAUAGUCUGUGUUUUGUUAUCUACUAGUACAUCCUGUUUGUUUAGCGAAUGGCCUGUAUUUGUCACGCUACCUGCUCUGAUUUUCCCCAUCCUUAAAAACCCGAAGAAGGCCAAAGUAUAUGCUGCUGGAUAUAGCUUUGUCUCAUAUGUGCCCCUACAGACAAUGGGAAGUAUGUCCACCAUAUUUUUUUUUUUUUGAAAAGGCGAAGUGAAACCAAUCCUGUAAUCUUGACCACUGUUUGUGAGAAAUGGAAUUAGCUAUUUGAUUUGUCAUCCCUGCCAAGUGUUGUGCGCGAAAACUAAUAUUAUUUUGUAACAGCAUUAGUACCAGAUCCCUAAUGAGCGCCAUAAUAUAUAUUUUUUUGGACGACUGUUAAUUACUGUGUCCAGUGCUUCAUUAUCAAUAUGCACAUUUUUUUUUUUUUUUCACAAAACUGCCCCUGUUACCUGCACUAUCUGUAAACAGCUGCUUAACGUUGCUAUGUGACCAGUGGGUACAUAGAAAGUAAUGUUUCCCGUUGAAUGAUUGCAGGAAAAUGAGCCACAGAAGUCUUCUCGUAUUCCAGCUGAUACCCUUACAAAGUGGUGUGGUUGUUUAACCUCACAGGUCGCGUCAUAAAAUCGCCAGUUACAUGCCUUAUCAUUUAGCACUGCCCGACUGAAAAAGCUGAAGGCCCCCACUAAUGCUUGUAAUUCUUUUAAUGUAACCUUCGUUUUCCCCAAUCACAGCAACAACAAUGCUUUCAACUCUUUUACCUUAUCCCUUGGUAUAAUAACCACCAUUUGUUGUGUAUCGAUAACCAGACCUAAAACGAAUAAUGAUGUGUUUGGGCCAACAGUUUUCCCCCAGCUAUGGGUAGCCCUAAAUCCUGACAAACACUGUUAAAUCCAUCCACAACCACUUCACAAUCAUUUGUAUCAGAGGACCCAGUUAAUUUUUCAGGUUUUUUCUUGUACAGCCCAUUGCAAAAAUGUUGAGAAUUUUUCAAACCAUGAACAGGAGAUAGAACAGUCCAUAGGCAAGCAUUUAUCUAUGUAACAUUUUCAUUAAACUGAAAAUCUAACCAAUCAAGAUCACCAGGAUAUAAAUCGUUAAUAAGUGGAAAGCAGACUUAAUAUCCAUUUUGGCUAACCUAGUACCUGUACCUAAUUUUGCAAUCAUUUCCACCACCUCGUCAAAUGAUGUGUAUUUUAAGGAACAUUCCAAUAGGACAAGGAAAUCAUUAAUGCUGAAGAAUGACACAUGAGUAAUCGACCCCCAGUUGCUUUAGGAACUACCCCUAUUGGUGAAAUGCAUGAAUUUGAAAUUGGUCUUUUUAAAAGGCCCAACUAUUCUCCCUGCUUCUAUUUCUCAUUUUAACUUUUCAUCCAGCUCCUUGUUAUAUUGUACAGUGAUAUCAAAUAUUUUGUGUCGGUCUUUAACCUAUAGGUCCCACAUAUGGUAAUCUAAAACCGAACUGGAACCCCACACCCAAUUCCCUAGCGAUAUCCUGCAUUGGAUAUGUUUGUAGAAACUCCACUAGUGUAUCGACCUGCACCGGGGUAUGACCUAGGUCCCAUAAGCCUUUGAUGUGUUGGUCCUCUUCCUUGGCCGCCAUUUUGGCAAGACAAUUGACCCCUUGUGGUGGGUGAGGUGCCACGAAAGGGCGACCCGACUAAUUAACCCACUUGGGGAAUGGUA